AUGACAACUGCCAAUUACCUAGUCACGGGCUCCACCAGCGGCCUUGGAGCCUCUGUCCUCGCGACCCUCUACAAAUCCGUCAACAACCCGGCUCAGAUCAUAGCUUCCUCGUCCCGUGCUGAAGCCGCAGACGAGCUCCAGAAAGACUACCCCGGUACCCAAUUCCGGAUCACCAAUUACGACGACCUGUCAGGGUUGGAGAAUGCCUUCAAAGGUGUCGAGCGGUUGUUCUUCGUGUCCACUCCCACCGUAGAUGUAACCAGGAGGGCUCAGCAACACUCAAAUGUUAUUGAGGCAGCCAAGAAAGCUACUGUUGGCCACGUAUAUUACUCUAGCCUGGCAUUCGGCGGAUAUAGAUCGGAUUCAAAGGCUAUUGUGCAGGCUGCACAUCUUAUCACGGAGGAGCAACUAAAAAGAUCUGGUGUCCCCUAUACCUCUGUGCGCGAAGGCAUCUACGCCGAUGCCUUCCCCAUCUUCUCGGCCUGGUACCCGGACACAACCACCAUCUACAUCCCCACUGACGGGCCCAUCACCUGGACCUCCCGCACAGAGCUUGGCGAAGCAACCGCCAAACUCAUGCUGCGCGACCCGUCCACCCUCUCCUCGCUCAUCAGAAAUGACGACAACAUCGCCCUCCUGACUGGUCCCCGUGCGUACACUUUUGCUGACCUCGCCACAACACUAACCCGUGCGACAGGCACGAAGAUUGCGGUGCAGCAAGUCCCGCGGGAUAAGUAUGCGGCUGUUGUGGCGCGAAACGACGCCAAGGAGGGUCAUGGCGGGAAAUCUGCCCGAUUCUGGGAGGUGUGGGCUAGUUUGCUGGAUGCGGUGGGGCAAGGGGAGGCGGCCACGGUGGAUCCGCUGAUGGGGGAGCUUCUAGGGCGCCCACCGCGAGAUGGGAUGGAGUAUAUCGAGGAGCUAGUGAGGGAGGCUGCUUCUCGAGGUGGAUAUACGUGGCAUCAGAAUUAUGAUAUAGGUAGGGAGUAA